AGAUGAGCUGGCGUUUUGUACCAGGAACCGGAAGUGUCGUCUUGUCUUGGCUCAGCCGAGCGCAGCAAAGCUAAGAGCUAAACUGGGAGGCUUUGACAUACAUAACUUGUUAGUAUUACUGCAACUAUUUAUUAUUACUGCUGGUUAGUGUGUGCGACAAUCUUCAGGUAUGAGUCUCCAGUGGACAGCAGUGGCCACCUUCUUGUACGUGGAGGUCUUCUUGGUUCUCCUCCUCUGUAUUCCCUUCAUUUCUGCUAAGAGAUGGAACAGUGUCUUCAGGUCUCGGCUGGUCCAAACCAUUGCCUUAUAUGGAAACACUUCCUUUAUGGUGGCAAUGGCCAUCCUGGUCUUCCUGCUCAUUGACGCCGUCCGUGAGGUGAGGAAGUACAGUGUGACGGAGAAGGUGGACCUGAGCAACAACCCGACAGCCGUGGAGCACAUUCACAUGAAGCUCUUUCGAGCUCAGAGAAAUUUGUACAUCGCAGGAUUCGCCCUGCUGCUCUGCCUGUUGCUGCGUCGUCUGGCCACGCUUCUCUCCCAGCAGGCCUUGCUGAUGGCGUCUAACGAGGCGUUCAAGAAGCAGGCGGAGGGCGCCAGUAAUGCCGCCAAAAGUUUCAUGGAGGAGAACCAAGUGCUGCAAGACAAACUACGUGACGCUGGUAUUGAGGUGCCAGAGGCGGGCAAAAAAGGAGGCGGAAUGCAGGAAGAGAACAAGGCUCUAAAGGACGAAGUGAAGACAUUAAAGGAGGAACUAGACGCCACCAAAAAAGCUCUGCAAAAGUCGGAUGGUGAUGUUCGUGCGAUGAAGAAGCAGGCUGAAAACCUAACAGUGGAAUACGACCGACUGCUGGACGAACACAGCAAGCUGCUGGCCAGCGGUGACAAGAAGUCGGACUGAGCAGGGUGAAGAUGGUCUGCGUCUCAUCGUCGUCGCCCUCUCUCCGGUGUGUGUCAUAUCACUUCCUGUCGGCUCGUUCUUGCUUUCAUCUUUUAAGACGGUUGGCUUCUCACUGAAGAAUCUUUGCAAAGUACGACAUCGGAGCCAUAAGUUGACUCGUGUAGUUUUGCAUCACGUGCGUGCUAAUGUGACGCUUGAGGUUUUUUUCAUGUUAUGGCAGAAACUGCAAAAAUAGCACGUUAUUAAUAAAAUAUACAGUACAUGCAAA